CUCAUUCUUAUCCCAGAAUUUUUUGAUUUAUACAUAUAAAGAAAAUGGAUCUUUGUAUUCUGAAUCUUCAUAUUUUAUGACGGAUUGCCAUUACCAAGGAUGUGUUGCUGAAUUUCCAAGUUCUGUUGUGACACUGAGUGUCUGCUCUGGCCUCAGGGGAUUUCUGCAGCUUGAAAAUAUCACCUAUGCGAUUGAACCACUGGAAUCUUCAGUAAGAUUUGAGCACAUAAUUUAUCAAGUGAAAAAUGGCAACCCAAAUGUACCAAUGUUAGCAAAAAAUUACAGCAGUAUUUGGCAGAAAGAACAGCUCUAUAAAGUUCCCUUAAGCUCACAGAAAAAAACUUAUUCAAAACUAUUACCCCAAUAUCUAGAAAUGCAUGUUAUAGUGGAAAAAGCUUUGUAUGAUUAUAUGGGAUCUGAAAUGAUGGCUGUAACACAGAAGAUUGCUCAGAUUAUUGGACUUGUCAACAUUAUGUUUGCCCAGUUCAAAUUGACUGUUACACUGUCCUCCUUGGAACUGUGGUCAGAUAAAGACCAAAUUUCUACCAACGGGGAUGCGGAUGAAAUAUUACAAAGAUUUUUGGCGUGGAAGCAGGACUCUCUUAUACUAUGGCCCCAUGACAUAACACACUUACUUAUUUACAGGAAAGAUCCUAAAUAUGUGGUAGCAACACUGACUGGAACAAUAUGCAGCAAAAACUAUGAUGCAGUCAUUGCUGUGUAUCCAGAUGAUAUAGGUUUGGAGGGAUUUUCAGUCAUGAUAGCUCAAGUGGUUGGCCUUAACAUGGGAUUAACAUAUGAUGACAUCGGUAAUUGUUCUUGUCCAACGGCUACAUGCAUAAUGCAGCAGGAAGCAGUGAGUUCCAGUGGCGUAAAGAUUUUUAGCAACUGUAGCAUGCAUGACUACAAGCUUUUCAUUUCAAACUUUGAGGCUAAAUGUCUUCAUAACUUUUCAAGUUUGCAAACAUUGUAUCAAAAUCAAUCAGUGUGUGGAAAUGGGAUUUUGGAACCUAAUGAAGAAUGUGACUGUGGGAAGGAAAAGGAAUGUCAAUUUAAAAAGUGCUGUGAUUAUAAAACAUGCAAACUGAAAAACUCAGCAAAAUGUGGUUCAGGACCAUGUUGCACAUCCGAUUGUGAGAUAUCAGUAGCAGGCACUCCAUGUAGGCAGAGUCUUGACCAGGAGUGUGAUUUCACAGAGUAUUGCAACGGAACGUCUAGUGACUGUGCUCCUGACACUUACGCAUUGAAUGGCCAUUUGUGCAGGUUGGGUUCUGCAUAUUGUUAUAACGGGCGAUGCCAAACUACCGAUAACCAGUGUGUGGAGGUAUUUGGAAAAGGUGCUCAAGGUGCCCCCUAUGACUGUUUUAAGGAAGUUAAUUCUCUGAGUGAGAGAUCUGGAAAUUGUAGUUUUAAAAAUUCACAACUGCCUUGUGAACAGAGGGAUGUUCUCUGUGGGAAACUAGCUUGUAUUUGGCCAUAUGAAAGUACGGUCCAGUCUGCCAUUUAUUCACAAGUCCAUGAUCACGUCUGUCUGUCCAUACCUCCAGGGUCAUCUGUUAGAUCAGAUGGAAGAGACAGUGCCUAUGUGGCUGAUGGCACUGUGUGUGGACCACAGAUGAUUUGUAAUAAUUUUGGCAAUUGCCAAUGCUUUCCUGACCACAGGCCUCCAGACUGUGAAUUCCAGGUUGGUUCACCAGGGGGCAGUGUCAAUGAUGGAAAUACUUGGAAAUCAGAUAUGUUUUUUAUUAAGAAAGGCUUCAAUAAACAUUGGGACAACUGGCUUAUUCUGAGUUUCUACAUUCUUCUGCCAUUUCUCAUAACUUUCUCUAUUAUGAUCAUUAAGAGAAAUGAAAUGAGAAAAAUUGCACAGCAGAGAGAGCCCAGAAUGUGA